ACAACUCUGUCUGUUUGUCAGCAGAGGGGGCGGAGCGUCUGGCGGCGAUGCGGUCGGAUUCGCUGGUGCCCGGGACACACACGCCUCCAAUCCGCCGGCGGAGUAAACUGGCCAGUCUGGGACGACUCUUUAAACCGUGGAAAUGGAGAAAGAAAAAGAGCGACAACUUCAAACAGACAUCUGCUGUUCUGGAGAGAAAGAUGUCGACCCGUCAGAGCAGAGAAGAGCUGAUCAAGAGAGGAGUGUUGAAAGAAGUGUUUGAGAAAGAUUCGUCUCACGUGUGUGAUGUGGACAGACAGACCAUCCUCAGUCCUGUGUCAGAAUCGACUGACAGGAACCUCACAGUUUCCUUCUCAGAAGCGCAGUCGUCUGGAGACACCGUGACAUGUCUUACGGAUCUCGCCUCAAAGCCAUCUCAAGCCCCGCCCUCUGCGAAACCUGUGCCGUUGCCGAGCGACAGCGCUGACAUCACACACGUGAGACCGGUGACACUAAAACAGCCACCUGCCUUACCGCCAAAGCCAUACAGCAGAAUCCCCAACCACCUGACAGAAACAUUCGCUAAACUGUCGCCACCUCUUCCUCCAAAGAAAGUGUUGAUUUGUGAGCCGGCACAUUCAUUUCCAUUCAAAUGUCUGCCAUCACUGGGAACACACGCGCACACACACACUCUGACACACCCGCAGCAGUACGCAACCAUCCCUCUGUCACUGCACCCGCCCAGUCGCAUCAUAGAAGAACUCAAUAAAACCCUCGCGCUCACCAUGCAAAGACUAGAGAGUUCUGUUCUGCAGGCGGUUCCAUCUGUUCUGGUGGAGAUGGAGGAGGAGAAAGAGAACAGAGACUCUAUGCACCAAUCACCACCCUUCACACACACCUUCAGCGCACACACGUGUGAGGACGAGGACGAGGACGAGGACGAUGAUGACGACUCUUUGUUUACAAGUACACUGGCUUUAAGGAUCUUGCGUAAAGAUUCGUUGGCGAUCAAACUGAGUAAUCGUCCAUCAAAGAGAGAACUGGAGGAUAAAAAUAUUCUGCCCAUGUUGACGGAUCAGGAGAGACUCGAAUCCAGACAACAGAUCGGCACCAAACUCACCCGUCGACUCAGUCAGAGACCUUCAGCAGAAGAACUGGAACAGAGGAACAUUCUCAAGCCUCGAAACGAACAAGAAGAACUGGAGGAGAAACGAGAGCUAAAGAAAAGACUCUCGAGGAAGUUGAGUCAGAGGCCGACCGUAGAGGAGCUCCGAGAGGCCAAAAUUCUCAUCCGCUUCAGCGAUUAUGUGGAAGUGGCGGAAGCUCAGGAUUACGACCGGCGGGCCGAUAAACCCUGGACGCGUCUCACUGCCGCCGAUAAGGCCGCCAUACGUAAAGAACUCAAUGAGUUCAAGAGCUCAGAGAUGGAGGUGCACGAGUCCAGUCGACAUCUAACCAGGUUUCAUCGACCGUAGCUGAGGAUGUGAGCUCAUGAACGCUCACGUGGAGCUGUUUGACGAGCUGAGACUCUGAACAUGAAUCAGGCGUCACAACAGAUCGAAGCGGCGCUCGGAUUGAAUUCGGAGCAUCCGACCCCGAGUCCCCCAUCACCCGGGAACGUCAACUGGUGUCGUUGAGAUUCAAGAGGCGGUGGAGAGGAAGGACAGAGCCGUUUGUGUAUAUUCUGACAAAACCCCAUGUGUGUCAGUCGUAUGUGCUCUUAUUUUAUUUUUCAGGUCUGUCGGGUCUUCCAGCAGCAGAUAUUGUGAUCGAUUUUCUAUUUAUAAUCCAGCAGACAUUAGUUUGUCCAAAACACAGAAACUAAAGAAAUAAAAGACUUUUAUAACGCUUA